CCCAGUUGAUCGCUCAGGUUUAGCAACAUGGCGACCUCCAGUGAACAAACCGAUUGUGCAUGUCCGAAAUCGAAAUAUGGACAAAAUGAUGCGUUUACAGCUGUAGCCACUGCAUCGUAUGCUCUGUUCUUUGUCGUUGUCGGAUUGCCGCUUUGGUGGAAGACCACAGAAGUGUAUCGCGCUCCAAUACCUUUCGAGCAAAUUGAAGCUCUACACUCGAGUAAUGUAUCUCAACUGAUUCAUGUAACAUUGUACGUUGACGACGACAAGUUGGAUCUAGAAGCGCUUUCGGCUGCGCUCGUCGAGGCCAACAACAUUCGUCAGGCUAAUCUGAAAAUCGAAAGCGAAUUUCUAUCGUUCGAUUAUGCGUGGUCGGCGCAGCGGGCCUCGAAGGUCAUGCAGGACAUGAUUACGAAUUCAAAGAGUCUGUCGGCACUUGAUGAGACCUUCCGAACGGCUACAGCACAUUUAACAGCCGAUCUCGUCGUUGUGCUCUCACGUCAAUUUCCUGGUCACCCACGCCGGAUUAUUGGCGCUUAUCGGACCGUGUAUAUCGCUUCAGACGAAACUGACCUGAAAUUGGUCGCCCGCCAUCUAGUGACUGCGCUUGUGUAUAACGUAGUUAGAGAAGAUGUUCUACGAACUGUCUUUGCGCCCCUCUCGGAUGUUGAAAGAAAACGACCAACAAAAGAGCAACAGCGUUCAUUGCACGCUUCGCCGAUCGUCGAUGUGGUCCUCUCGUGCAUCGUGCCAGAGCCUCAACACGCGAACGUGAUGUGGAAUAGUGCAGGUGGAUAUGAAGCAUAUAUGAAGCCUGUCGUGUCAAAGCUACAGCAUGUUGUCCAGCUUCAAGUAAAAAGUCAGUUCAAGUUUGGCUACGGGGUCAGUUUGGCCGUGCAGAAGGAUGCUGAUUUAGGUGGAUUCCAAAUAUCGCAUAAUGCCCUGUCGCUGUUAAUCAAUCAGCUCGAGAAGGUUCUACCAGGACAGGUAUCUCUCAACCCAUCGUUGAACUUCUUCGUGUAUAUUGUUCCUCCAUCAAUUUCGCCACUGCAUAUUUACGAUGAACGGGGCAAGCCCUUGGAGAGUAAUGCCUUCAUUUCGCCUCGCUGGGGUGGUGUCUUGUUCUACAAUAUCGACUAUAAUCUAACAGAGCCUGAACAAAAUACAGAUGCAGUCAACGUGGUUCUCGAUAAUAGAAUUAUUUUCCAGGUAUUCUUGAGCCAGCUGCGUCCUCUACUAGGAAUUCCCGCUCGAAAUUCGGAGUUUGAUUCGCAUUUCCGUCGGGACGGACCUGUGGUCGCUGACUGGGAGCUGGAUCUUUUGAUGCGGCGCAGAGCUCACGAUUAUUUGGUCGCUACUUCGCGAACAUUACACAGUCUGGCGCAGUUGCUCACUACGAUCGAAAAUAUGGUCAUUAAUGAUAACGUCGGACAAUUGACGGAAACCUCAGUAACUUCCGGAAAGCAGGCUCUUCGCUCCCUCGCACAGGGUCAUUUGGGUUCGGCACUGGCAUCUGCCGAGACAGCGUUUGCAACAGCGGAACGGGCAUUCUACGACCCAUCACUGUUAGGUCUGCUUUACUUCCCCGAUGAUCAGAAAUAUGCGAUCUACGUUCCUCUUUUUGUACCCACAAUGCUGCCGGUGCUACUUUCACUGUUUGGCAUUGCCAAAUAUCUAAGAACGCUUUGUGCUACGCGUAAGCUUAAAACCGAGUGAGAAAUCACCUGAGUUUAGCUGAUCUUUGCACAAUAGUAACAGAUAUACGUCGGCAAACCCGACCGAAGCCUCAACCAAUGAUCUGACCUGAAAAAUUUAAGGCCGUAAAGCGUAUGUUCAUUAAUGCAUAUAUAUUUAUGGCAGCGGACGGCAGUAAGAAAAUCGAAGAAUUUAAAACAAAUUAGUCGUUCCUCCCGAUAUUUUUGCUUGCUUAGCACUUUUUUUCACUUGUUGCUAUUCUGAGGACUUCUAAGUUAGCCGUUCAAACUACCAAUACAAGCAGAUUUAUUUAAGAUUUAAUUUUUUUUAACGUAUGAAUGGAAAUUUCAAAAUAGCUAGCUUGCAUCAUUAUAAUUAAUUUUCUUAAUAAUUAUUAUAACCAUAUGAGGUAAUCUGCUAUCAGAAACGAUGUGUACAAGCAUAGACAUACCUUGUAUUUUGAGUAACACUAAGUCAUUGCCAGCGAACAUUUGUAAAAGACGAAGACAAGUUCCUCUAGCAUGAUGAAAAUAAAUCAUUAUCAUUAUAAUUUAUACAUAAAAGUGUUUAUUAGCUGUAAGAUAUAAACGUGUAUAAAAGCCGGCAAAAAAGACGAUAUUCAAUUUAAUUUGAGUGCACUCUUUCGAAUGUCAAUAUGUUUUCUGGAGAGGUAAAAAUAAUUCUUUAACCAAAAGUGUAGCUUAACCGUCAUCUAAUUACUUAGUUACCUAAGGUAGUUAUUAAGGAUGACAUUUUAAAAGGAAGCAAAUUCAAUAUUACAGCUUUUGUAGUAUAUUGGUCUGUAUGCAUCAUUCCGUCUAAUUUUUGAUCGAGGAGCUUUGUCUCGUCAUCUACUUCAGUCAGAAAUUUCUGGAAUAAUUUAGUGGUGUGGUUCAUUCAUGAAUUGCUUGAAUGAGUUGCUGCAUGAUAUAUUUCAAUCAACGAUCGCGUAUACAUAAACUGUAGUCUAAUUACACAGGUCCGCGUUAGGGCCACUAAGUAUUUUAUUGGGAUUUUAGGGAGAGAAUGUGAUGUAGGAUAAGUUGUCAGGAUAUCUCAUAUGUGAGAGAGAGAACGAAUUUCAUGUCUGAUUUUAGAACACAAAUCGGCAUUAAAGCAUAACUGUUAAAGCCGAUGCUUUCAGAUCGCAUCGGUUCAUUAGUAGUAGGUUUUUGGAAACAACACUGUACAUUAUAUAUACAAAACAAAUUUUACAUUCUGUAUAUAACUCUAACUAUGGUACUGUGAAUAAAGUUUGUAUAUUACAAUGCUA